CGGGCGGGAAGGGCGCGCGCGCGCACACACGCUCCCGGCUGUCCCCCUCGGCCAGGGCCCGGCCCGCGCCCCGAGCGGUUGCCAUGGAGACGGCGGGAAGCAACGCGCGGCUCGCGCGGCUCCGCAUCCCGGCCAGGUGGGCCGCGGCCGUGCAGCUUUUUGCCAUUUAACAUGCAGAAGUCUGUGCAAUGAGGAAAGGCCAGCCACAAAAAACAUCACUUGGGAAACCACAGAUGUCUCCAUCCCGCACUCGGAGUCCGAAGUCUCUUGCGAGCGCCAGUAGCAGGUCAUCGUCUCCGCUGAACACAGAAGGAACUCCACCUCCCCAUCUGAUAACAGGGCAGAGGUAUCAAGGAGAUGUCGGUCAAGAAAGCGAUGCAGAUGGCAGUCCAGGCAUCAGAUACAUAACAGAGCCUCUUAUUAAGAAGCUCGCCAAGCAAGAGAAUCUGGCACGCAUAACUGCUCUGAAUCUUUCCCUUGGUAAAGAUGGAGGAAAGAAAUUUAAGUACAUAGAAAACCUGGAGAAAUGUAGUAAACUAGAAGUCCUAAAUCUCAGUCAUAAUCUCAUUGAAAAGAUUGAAAAAUUGGAUAAACUUCUGAAGUUAUUGGAUCUCAAUCUCUCUUUCAAUAAAAUAAGUAAAAUAGAAGGCAUUGAACACUUGCACAACCUUCAGAAGCUGAAUCUGGCUGGGAAUGAGAUUGAACACCUCCCUAUGUGGCUGGGGAAAAAACUCAGGUCCCUUCGCAUCCUGAACUUGAGAAAAAAUAAAAUCUCAUCGCUCCAUGAGGUAGCUAAACUGAAGCCACUUAAAGAUUUGACUUCUCUGUUCCUGGCAGACAAUCCUGUGGUAAACCUGCCUCACUACCGUCUUUAUACCAUUUUCCAUCUGAGGUCAUUGGAAGAUCUUGAGGGACAGCCAGUGACAAAUGGUGACAGGGAAGAGGCUCUUGAAAGGUUUAAUUUAGAAGAGGUAGAACAUCUAGAAAAUAACUUGGAACAGAUGACCAAAGAGAUGGAACGCUUAAAAAACGAACAGUCUCAUUUGCUAGGGCAGCUCCAGCAACAAGAGGAGCAGAAUAAAUCAUUAAAACAGAAGCACGGGCAGCAGAAACAAAGCCAUAAAGACCUGGAGAGUGAGCUGGAAACCAAAAAUGAGUUGCUGAAGCAGAAAACCGUGGAAUUGACUCGAGCUUGUCAGAAGCAGUAUGAGCUGGAACAAGAACUGGCUUUCUAUAAAAUCGACGCCAAAUUCGAGCCAUUAGGGUAUUAUCCAGUGGAGGAUGUUGAAUUUGACAAUGUACCGGGUGAAAGUCCUUACAUUGGGAAGGCCAGGUACAAAAGGAACAUGUAUGCUGUGGAAGGUUACAUCCCCAGUAAGGCUCAGCAGAUGCAAGUGGGAAACCUGGAACAGGAGGAGCAACAAGAGGCCCAGCAGCUUAAACAGAAUCUUCUUCAGUUGCUUGAUGAACAGCUUGAGGAAAAAGAGAGAAAGAUUAAAGGAGCCCAAGAAAAAUUGGCUGCACUGCACAGUGAAGUAGCAAAGGCAGAACAACAUGUCUUAAAAGUCACUGAGGAGCUUAAACAAGUCCAAGAUGCUGUUGCCCAGAAAAAGGUGUCUGAAGCAGAAAAAGAUUGUUUUCGACAGCAGUUAAGCAGCAAGAUACUUCUCCUAAACCAGUUACAAGAGGAGGCUCUGGAACUAGAGAGACAGAUGCAAAGACAAAGGCAAGAAAUGGUUGAAAAGGAAAAGGAGUUAGAAGGCUUGCAAGAUUUCCUAGAUUCGCUGGAUCCUAAAGACCCAAGACAUGCCCAUAUGAAGGCUCAGAAAGCAAGCCAAGAGCAACAACUCGACAUAAUGAGGAGGCAUUAUAAGCAACUCGAGAGCCGCCUCGAUGACAUGCUAUCCAGGAUUGCAAAUGAAACUGAGGAAAUCCGGGACUUGGAGCAACAGCUCACAGAUGGCCAGAUUGCAGCCAAUGAGGCACUAAAGAAAGACUUGGAAGAAGUUAUCAUAGGCUUACAGGAAUAUCUCGAGAAUGUUAAGAGCCAGACAAAGCAAGCCACUGAUGAAUGCAAAGAGCUGCGGAAAGAUAAGGAAGGUCUGCAGAAAAGAGUGGAAGAGUUAGAGGAGGAGAGGAACCAGCUGGAAAUAGUUGCCAUCGAUGCUGAAAACCUGAGAAGAGAAACUGCAAACCUGGAACGGGCUCUCCAAGAGCAGCGCGAACUCAAUGAGGCCCUACAGGAGGCCCAAGGAGAGAUCAGCGCUUAUGAGGCUGAGCUGGAAGCUGAGCUGAAGGCCCGGGAUGCUGAAGCCAGUCAGCAAAAGGAAGAGCUCGAGAAGUUAAAGCAGAUUAUCCAGGUGGAACAUUCUGCCCUCCAAGCUCAACGUGGCAAGGAAAGGCAGGCCCUGGAGAACGCCUUAGCCAAAGCACAGUUGUCCGAAGAGAGGGAACUGGAGAAUAAUAAACUGCUCUCCCAACUCAAACAACUGCAGAAAGACAACAACCUCUUGAGGCAGCAGCUGAAAGAUACUCAGGAGCAACUGAAUCAUACAGUUGAUAGCUUAAUUCAUCCUGAGGAAGUCUCAGCUCGCGUGAGCGAACUCAAACAAAAGUUGCAGACCGGGGCAGAAAUCAGGUGCCAUAACUCAAAGGAUAUUUUAGGGAAGAGCCUUGCAGAUCUGCAGAAACAGUUUGCCGAGCUCCUAGCUCAUUCCCAGCAAGAAAAGCAGUCUGCCCAAGCCAGAGAGAGAGAGCUCCAGAAAGAGUUGGCUACUCAACAGGCUAAGCUGGAAGAAGCCCAAGGAAAGUACAAACUGGCCUGCAACAGAGCUGCAGAAGCCAAGAUUAAAUCUGAGAGGAGGCAGAAUGAAGCUCGAGUUCAGCAGCUAGAGAGCGAAAUCCAACAUCUCGUUGAAAAGUUGAAGAGCAUGGAAGAAAUCCAGGGCCUCACUGAUCAGCAGCUCCAAGAAGCUGAUGAGGAGAAAGAAAGAAUUCUUGCUCAGCUGGAAGACUUGGAGAAUAAGAAAAAGGCGGAAGAUGCAAGGGCGCAGCUGCAGUUCCAGGGCCUCAACGAAGAGCUGAAGGCAUUAAAACAAGUCAUUUCAGCUUCCGAUAAACAAGCCACAGCCCAGCUCUGUGCAGCCAAAGACCAGCUCCAGUCACUUCAUGGAACUGUAUGCAAAAUCAAUCAGGAACGUACUGAGGAGCUUCAGGAAGCAGAGAAGUUCUGUAUGCAGGCAACUCAAGCCGCCAAGGAUCUUGCCAGAGCAGAAACAGAAAUAGAACUCUUGCAGAAACUUCUGAAGGAAAAGGAGGCACAGUUAGAACUGGAAAAAAACAAUGCUGAGAUUGCCACUUCACAUCUUCAAAAGGAGGAGAUGGAUAAGUUAAACGACCUUCUGAAAUGGCAGAAAGCAGAAACUGACCGACUCCGCAGUGCCUUAGAUCAGGCUAAAAAAGGCAACAGGGCUGAAAUUGAAAGCAUACUGGGGGAAAUUGACAGACUCAGACGUGCUAUCUCUCAGCAGAAUGAUACCAUCGCUAGCAUCGUGGCUCCAUUCCAGCAGAAUCAACAUCUCUUUUUUGUGCCAUCGUCAUCCCAAGCAUCUACUCCUGCAUCUCAGAGCACCAAAGAUUCAGGCGUUAUCUUACAGUGUCCCAUGUCGACCCCCGUCAUAAAACAGGACAGGAGGCUCACUGAAAGCAAGAAAGAACAUCACCCUGUUUCAAGGGAGUGCUACGUGCACAGCUCAGUCCAAACUGGCCUGCAGGAACCUCCCUCUAGCAGGCACCGAGGCGAGGGUGAAGCACAGCUGCCCAGUGCUUCUCCGUAUGUUCUGCCUCCUGGAUCCAUCAUUUAUACCCUGCUACCAGAUGGUACGCCAGUGCCUCAGGGGACAGUGCUGUAUGGCCCACCGCCUCCCUCAGUACAAGCCAGCGGAGGCCCACUUGCUCCCACAACAGUUAUCUAUGGCUCACCUCCUGCUGGAGUUCAGCUGCAUUACGCUCCUCUUCCUGCUAACUGUUCGGUGCCAUUUGUUCCCCUGGGAAUCCUUCACUGCAACAUCCCUGACCAUCGUAACUUGGAAAACGAUAUCUUGAGGCUAGAAGACAGCAUAGAGACAUUAAAGUCUCAGCGACACAAAGAUGGGUCCCCGAGAGCGUGUCCUCGUGAACAUAAUAAAGAGAUGGAAGAAUUGAACCAGGGCAUACAGGACUUGCUGAGGGAAAGAGAAGAGCUGGAAGACCAAGUAGCAGAGCUGCGGCGGAUAGCGCAGAAGAGAAAUCAACGCAAAGACUUUAUCGAGGGGCGUGGGGGUAACCUUACUGCAGAGCUGGAAUUAGAGAAAUCUAUCCAGUGCCAUGAAAAUAUCAUGGAUGAAAUUGAAUGCAUAGAAAAGACGCUUCUGAAGCGACGGGCAGAACUCAGAGAGGCAGACAGUCUUCUUGCUGAAGCUGAACAUGAGCUUGAAAAUACUCGAGGAAAGACCAAAGACACUAUUCAGAAAUACAACAGCGCUAAGCAACAUUUGUCUCGGACUGAGAAAGAAGCUGAGGAACUUGAACGACGGACUCAGGAGAUGGCUGUAAGGCUUGUGAAAGCAGAUCAGCAGUUCAGGUUGCUUCAAGCAGAUGCCCAGGAUUUGGAACAGCACAAGAUGGAACAAGAAGGAAUUCUGAAAGAAAUCAACCAAAUCGUAUCAGCAAAAGAUUCUGAAUUUCAGAUCUUGAGCCAGAAGAUAGAAAUAUUGACUGAAAGCCUUCAGAAGCUGCAAAGAGAUAUCCAAGUGGCAGAAGGAAAUGAAGAUAACCACCUUCAGAUUCUUAAAGAAGCAGAGAACAUUCUUCUGAGCAAAAAGCAUGAUCUAGAGAGAUUAAAGGAUCAGACUGCUGUUCAACAGCAAGAGUUGCAUAUUUUGGACAGAUUGCUCGAUCAAAAAAGGAACGAGCUACGCCUCCUCCAAGACAGCAUUGCUGAGAAAAACACCGACUUUGCAGAGGCUCUCGCAAACGGAGAGGCUGAAGUGGCUGAAAAACAGCAACUAAUAAAGGAAAUGAAGACUUUUCUAGAAGACCUGAGUGUUCAGAAGGGAGAACUUAAUGCCCAGCUAAGUGAGAAAAGAUCCCAGCUUUCUCUCAUAAUGCAGAAUAUCCGAAAAGAAGAAAAAAAGCUACAGGAUAUCCUGGGGCUGAUAAAAAAGCAUAAGACAGAACUGAAGCAGUUGCUGGAAACAGCACAUCUGGAAAAGGAGGAGCUUGAAGGCCUGAAAUUCCAGCAUAGCCAAAAGACAAACGAAUUAGAAAAAACGGAAAUGUUGGUUCUGGAGGAGAAGCUGGAAUUGGAGAAUCUCCAGCAAGCCUCCCAACGGCACCGAGGGGAAGCUGAACACCAGAGGCAGCUUCUCAGGGAGGCUCAGCAGGAAGUUGAGCGGCUGACCUCUCAGCUCCACCUUCUGCGAAACCGUAUCAAGGCCCUGAAUGAUGAGAAGCGACAGCUGGAAGCAAACUGUGAAAGUCUAGAGGAGAAAUUCACCCAAACCAAAAGAACAUUAGCCUCUACAGAAGAUAACAAUAAAGCUAUUCUUGCCAGCACUGAGAAGUUGAUCUUGGAUAUCCAAAAAUUGCAGCUUGAAAUUGACCAACUGCAUAAACAGAAAAUAGCUCUGAAUCAGGAUACUGCUGAGUUACAGAAGCAUUUCCAUGGAAAAAAGGAGGAACUGAAUGGUUUGAAGACUGAACUGAAUGAUUCCAGGCACCAUCUUCAGCUGUUGGAACAGGAUGUGAAAGACACUGCAAAGGAAAAGGGGGAACUACUCCAAGAACAGAAGGCCCUAAAAGACGCCAUCCAUGAAUCUUCCAGGAAGUGCAAGGAAGCACAAGAAGCCCAAAGGGAAAAGGAAAACCAGCUUCACAAGCUUCGCAGGGAACUUGAGGAACAGGAGCUAAAACAGGCCAAACAAGAGAAGGUCCUUCAACAUCUCAGGGAAGAUGUCCAGCGUGAAGAAAAAAAGUUUGCAGAGUGCACAGAGAAACUGAAGAAUCAGAAACAGCAACUAGAACAAGAGCUGGCAGAGCAGCAGGGCCAGUUGGCGCAAGCUGUUGCCAAUGUCCAAGAGAUGGAAGAACGGAUCCGGAAGCUUCAGAAGGGGGAAUCCCACAUUUCAGCCCUUGAAGAAACACUCCACAAAACCUGGCAUCAGCUCUCUGAAAAGGAACAGAAGCUUCAAGAAAAGAUGGGUGAGGUUUCAUCCCUCCAAAGGGAACUCGAUCUCUCCAAAGCCGAGGAGAGGUUGCUCCAAGAUCGGAUCCAAGCAGACCGUCUAAAAGUGGAGAAACAGAUUGCAACCCUGAAGGAAACCAUCAAGACUCAGAGGGACCAGCUUGAGAGCGCCCUUCAAGAACAAAAACAAGAAAACUACAGCUUGCAGCGAGAAAUAGCCUUGUUGGGACAAGUGGCCCAAGAGAAUCACCAGCGAGCCAAGCGGCUGAUGAGGGAUCUUGGCCAGAUCCAAGAGGAGCACAUGCAGCUCAAAUCACAGAUGAAGAAUCAGGAGGCGCUGGAGAAACGGCAGAAAGAGCUGAAAGGUACGGUUAAGCUGAUUAGGCUGGAAGUGAAAGACAAAAUGAGGAACGGUUUGAAGGAUCUGAGCCAGUCUCCUCCAGAGUUAUUGGAGAGUAGGGAAGCUGAACUGGAAGCGAAGGCAAGACCUUGGGGCGACGUGGAAGGCCUGAAGGAAAACUAUCCGUUCACCGAAAACAAGACCAGGAUGCUGUCCUUGGAUGAAAAACUGGACUUGUCUAAAGUCCACAUCACGGAUGAACAGUGGCGUGGAAAAGCACAGCGGGAACGACUGCAGCACCAUGAAGAUCGUCUCAAGGCCCAGCUUCGACAAUGCAUGUCAAAGCAAGCGGAGGUGUUAAUUAAAGGGAAGCAACAGACUGAGGGCACCCUCCAUAGCCUGAAGAGGCAAGUCGAUGCCUUGGGUGAGCUGGUUAGCAGUACUUCUACCGAUUCCCUGUUUCCAUCGUUAAACUCCUCAGGAUUCACAGAUUCUGUGCAUGAAGAGUCAGAUCUCGCAAAGAACCAGUCCGCCAGAUCCCCUUCUUCCUGGACAACAGAUAUUUCAGCACAAUCUCAAGUGAUUUAUCAGUACAAGGCGUAGCUUCAAAAAGCAG